CGGAUGGAAGCAAAUAUGAUUUGGAUUAUAUUAAUCCUCCUCCACUGCUAUUUAAACAUAAUUGCAUGUGAUAAAAUCAUGCAAAGUGUUGGGACUGCGCGUGCCCUCACCCCAACCCCGUAUUAGUAUGAUAUUGUCCGCUCUGGGUCAAACCCUCACGGAUUUGUUUUUGGGCACCUUCCAAAAGGCCUCGUACUAAUGGGGUUGGGUGAACCUUUAUAUUUUGGUUCAUUUACUCCUACUCAUCCGAUGUGGGACUUUGGAGGAAUCCAACAAACCUCCCCUCAUCCAAGGACCACACAACUUCCGACCUCCCCUCCAGCGGUAAUCCCUUUUUUUUUCUCUUUAUCUGCUAACCAUCUUGCACCGCCGCACACUCUUUGCGGGACACGCCGCCCGACCUCCUAUUGGGAAGACUUUCGACGCAAGGCUCGAACUGCAGAUCUUUCCUUCACUGGGCUACACCAUUUGAUCCGCCAAAUCAUCUUGUACCGCCGUGACUAUAACUUCACGGGACGCGCCGCCCGACCUCCUCUCGUCGGGAAGACUUUCGACACAAGGCACCACCUGCAGAUCCUCUUUCUUGGUCUUGGUCCUAGUUACACCGUCACACCGAGAUUUUUUUUCCACACUGCACAGUCCGCUACUCCCGCCCGCAAGAACCUGGGCUCCGAUACCACAUCGGAAGCAAUAAAUAAGCCUUCCACUAAUCACCAAGAAUAGCAAACAAGAAUGAGCAAAAUGAGCAAAAUCAUAUGACCAAUCAAGAAUAGAAAACACAACGACAAGCAAUCAAUCAAGCGAUAAACGAACACCAAGAUUUAACGUGGAAACCCCAAAUCGGGAAGAAAACCACGAAGCCUUCCACUAAUCACCAAGAAAAUCAGUGGGUACACCAAGAAUCCUCUCUAAAUCAAUUAGAGGUACACACAAUCAUCAAGUAAUAACUUGGAACACCAAACAACAAUAAUCUUCACUCAAAAGUGAGAAAACCCCAAUAAAAACGCAGCAGUAAACAGAGGCGAUUUUACCGACAUCGAGAGGUCAAAACAACAAUCCCACUGUUGGAUAUGAAGAAGAGGAUCUCAGGAACAACAUACUAAAAUUUCAUCCCGAUC